AUGGAUGAAGAUGAAGAAAAUAAAGGGUGCUAUGUCAGACAAAGGAGGUCGUCAAUUUUGAAACUUCCACUUGCUGGGAUUGACCUCAAUAAACAGAUUAAACAAGAGGAGAGAAACAAAAAGAAACGGCUAUCUAAGCGGGUUAGUUUUGCUGAAACACUUGAUGUCUGGGAAUUCAAUAAAGAAUCUCAAUCUGAAAAUUCAGAUAAAAAUGCCUUUCGGAAUAAAGAUGAUAAUGAUAAAGAAAUAUCUGGAAUUGACAGUCUUUUAACAGGUGAAAUAAAGAAUCCAACUCAUGCCAUUGAAAACAUAUCUGAUCCUGAAGACAGUGAUGAUGAAGGAAAAGCAACCACAUUGAAUUGCAGUGUACUUCAAUCUCCAGAAAAGGAUGUUAUCAUACAGAAUGUAUCAGCAAUUGCCAACAAAGAAAAUAUUAAUAGUGUUGUCUCUAGUACGAUCAAUAUUAAUUGUGAUGAUGUUAGUCCUGCUAACCAAUCAAUGUGCAGCCCUCCAGAUUUGGACAACACUCCUAAAAAGUUGGACAACAAAUUAUUUUUCCAGCAACUAAUGCAGAAAAUAAAAAUAUCUCCAAGUUCCUCAAAGGAUAAUUCUCCAGUAGUGAAAGCUGCAGUUUGCCCUUCUAUGAGUACCAAAAUGUUUCUUGACAAUCUCAUCCAAAGCACUAAAGAUGAGACUAGCUUCUCUGAUGGUGUCUUUGAUUCAAAGGAAAAUUUAUCUAACAUUAUGGAUACUAGCACUAGUGCGUCUGUUCCAAACUCCCCAGCUUUGGACAAAUCGGUCUAUUAUAUUGAAUCUUCCAAACCUGUUGAUUCGACCAUUUACUUCAAUCACAACCCAGAUCAAACUGCAAGCAUGGAUUUCACAAUUUGUGAAUCCCAAACCACAAACAUGACUACAAAGCCAGUAGCUGAUUCUACCUUGUUGCCAAUCACUGACACCAAUUCUUGUAACCUUCUCACUUCACAACUCUCCAGUCAAGAUGCAAAAGUGAAAACUGCAAAAAAUACUUCCCUAAAAGAGACCACCUCUGACAAUUUUGAAAAGGAUUCAUCAAUAGUUUAUGAUCUUAAUUUCAAAGUGGAAGAUUUAAGUGGUAUUAUGAACGAACGAAGUGACAUUUUGAUUGAAAACUCUCAUUAUGAAAGUACUAUCCAUGUCAGUCAAAACCAGCUUUCUUCAUCCAUAGUUAACAACAGACCAUCUUUUAGUACCAAAUCUGUUGAUGAUGUGAAAAGUAGCAUCUUGGCUCUGAGCAAUAUCAGUUCCAGUCUUUGCAGUCGUAUGCUUAUCAAUAUGCAUUUGCCAACAUUAGAAAAAAACUUAUCUACUGUUGAAGUUGAAUCCAUAGAAGAACUACUGUUAUUGAUUGGAAUUGAUAAACUGGAAAAUGUCACCAUUGACUAUCGCCGUUCAAGUGUAGAUCUUGCCCCUCUUGGAUCUGAAAGUAAGACUAUUGGAGAAAAAUUGCUGAUGUCCUGUUUGGAACAACCUACCUACCAGAGCAUUCUCCAGACUUAUGAUUCUCUUAAGGCUGAUGAACAUUAUCUUUUGAAAGAAUUUCAUAACCAGAAACUUUUGGAAGAUUUCCAAAUUGCUCUCAAAAAGAAAGAAGCUUUCAAAUCGAAUGAUGAACUGAAAAAUGAACUUAUUGAGGCUUUCAAAAAAUCUCGGCAACUAUCGCAGCAAAAAGUCAAACAGAGAAAAUCUGAACGCUAUGUAAAUCUUUGUUCCCUCCUCAAAGAAAAAGUUGUUGUCUUAGAGGAAGCCAAAUCUCAGUUAGAUGAUAUUUCUCAGAAAAUACAUCAACAACUUGAGAGUUUAGAUGAAGUUUUGGAAACAUUGAACAAAGAAUUUGAUCACUUGAACACUCUUCCUCAGCUUACAGAUGAGGAUCUUGAACAAUAUGUUCAAGUUAAGAAAUAUUUGGAUGAUGCUGACACCAUCCAAAUGCAAGAACAAAAAUUAUCCAACCAGUGUUGUCAGUUAAGAGACCAAGAAAAAACCCUGAAGGAGGAAUACUCCAACUUGGAAAUGUUGCAUGCAAAUCUAUUAAAACCACUUUCUCUUGAUACAUCAUCUCUUGUGAAUAAUUGCCAAAAAUUGAAAAUAUAUUCUGUCCUCUUCCCUUGGAAACUCUGGCAAUUAUGUGAUGAUCAACAGAAAUAUAAUUUUUGGAAUGACACUUUCCAGUUUUGUAUCCACACACAAGCUGAACACAUUAAAAAGGCGCAUUUUGAAUUAGAUGAAAACUGGCUAAGUGUUGUUAAAGAUCAUCCUUGGCUACAAAUUGCUCAUGAAAUGAGAUUAAAUGUAAUGCAAGAAAAAUCUUUCCUUGAAUGCUUACAGCAUGUCUCCCAAUUACCACAGUUGCUGCACAGAAUUGGUUAUCUACUGAGCAAUUUACAGGAUUUGGCUAAAGAAAUCUAUACAAUUUCACUGAGGAAAGUAAUAACCAGAAAACAAAGCAGCAUUUUGGUGACUUAUUGUUGUUCUCAGUUGACCAAAGUCCAAGUUUGUUUUCAAUUUGAUCCCAGUAAUUAUCCAACAACUACCAUAAGACAUCAGGUCAAUUUACACUAUGGCAAUGUACGGUGUGAAGACAUUAACCGCCGAUUACAGAGAAUUAAACCUGGACCUCAAUAUCUUAGCCGGUUGGUGAAUGCUGUUCAGUUGGAAUCCGUCUCCAGUCCCUGUUUCAACACCUUCUUCAGACUUUUUUUUUUUCUCUCUCUCCCUCCUUUAUAA